GUGGAAUGUGGCCCUAGCAUGAUUGACCUAGUGAUGAAAACAAAGAAAGGAUCUGAAUUCCUUAAUAUUUGCAAUCAAGAUGAUGAAUGCUUCAUCAUAGAUUGUGGUGGGCCAGCUUGAUACAGAUGUGGAAGAUGAAUAUGAGGAAUAAUAAAUGACAUCUCUCUGCAUGACUUACAGUUCUAUAUGCACACAAGAAAACAUAUCACAGACUCUAAUGAUGAUAAAGUGGGCUCCCCUAGCUGAAAUAUAUCAAGAUGGAGAGUGUUGACAUGAAUAUCAAGGCAGUGAUCCUUAAGGGUGAGCAAACCCAGUUGGAAUGCUCUACAAGAACGGGGACUCUGGGAAUAUUCCCGAUGGAGUCUUCAUCCAAAAUUAAAGGAAAUAUUCUCUAUUGAUACCAAAUUACUUUAUGGCGGUGAUGUGGCAGAUGAGAUGAUCGAGCUGGUAUCUUUCAUGAUUUGGGAGUCUACACGUUAAUUUAUCAUUUAAGGUUGAGGAUCAGAAUCAUGAUCAUAGAAACAAAAACUAUCCCGACUCAUGAUUAAGAUCUCUGCAUUGGUAUAGUCCAUUUUAGAACCUUACAAUGGUUUGGGUCUUUUCAAGCUUGGUAAAAGGACUUUAGUGCUCAAAUUAAUUCCCAACCUCAACUAGUUUAGUCUGUCUCAAACUUAAGUGUGCUUGACCUCAGCCUAAAGAUGAGGUACUUGUGAGUGGAUUCAUUCAGUUGCCAAGUAUGAUCGCAUGGCUUCCACGAACACAGACCAUGGGAGCAGCUCAAUGCCUGCUUAUGCCUGACGAGACCAGACCAGAUUUCAAAUGCGUCAGCUACAUGUCCAUGGAAAGCUCAUCAGCACUGUCCAAAAAAGAAGAAGAAAAGAAGACAAAGUGUUUCUUUUCUUUUCCAAAAGACCAUUUGUGGCCUCUAGACAGGGUUUCUUUAAGGAAGAAAGAGGCUUCUAUAACAGCAGGUAUAACCCUCUUCUGUCCUCAAAGAGAGGAGAAGGUGCAUCGAUGGGGUUGUGGGGUUUCACGCUUCAAGUUAGGCACGCGAAAUAUAUAGGGAUCUUUCUCUGGUGUUUUAGCUCAAGGAGGAAACUUUUGAUCCAUAGAGUCUGAGAAGGCAGUCGAAGAUGAAGUUUAUGAAGCUUGGAACCCGGCCAGAUACCUUCUUCACCACAGAAUCCAUAAGGUCUGUUUCAUCAGAAGUCUCCACCGACCUCCAAAUACAAGUGCAGAACAGCUUCUAUCGGCUGCACAAGUUUCCCCUCCUGUCUAAAUGCUUGCGCCUGCAAAGGCACUGCUCUGAGCUUAAAGAUGCAGCCGAGCACGCGAUCAUCCAACUUCCGGACCUUCCCGGUGGCGCUGAGGCCUUCGAGACCUGCGCCAAGUUCUGCUACGGCAUCACCAUCACUCUCAGCGCCCUCAACAUCGUGCCCGUUUGGUGCGCCGCCGAGUACCUUCAGAUGAAUGAGGACGCCGAGAGAGGCAACCUCGCCCGCAAGCUCGAUAGCUUCUUCGAGUCCUGCAUCCUCCGCCGGUGGAAGGACACGCUGGUGACGCUGCAAAGCACGAGAAAGUACCCUCCCUUGUGCGAAGAACUCGGAAUUACCGCCCGCUGCGUCGACGCCGUUGCCACGGCCAUCGUAGCCAAUCAUCCGAACUCGAAGGCAGCGCCAAGGAACUGGUGGGCUGAGAGCAUCAGUGAACUGGGUUCAGACCAUUACUGGAGAAUCAUGGUGACCAUCAAGUCCGCCGGCGUCGUCUCCGACGAGCUCAUCGUGGACGCACUGCAGAUCUACGCAUGGAGGUGGCUGCCAGAUACGUCGAGAGAUGGCUACGAGUGUAACCUCGCGACCGAGGACUCUUCCUCGGAGUCUCGCAGACAGAGGCUGCUCAUGGACAAGAUAGUGAGCUUGCUGCCUACCGAGAAGGGCUCUGCUUCCUGCAGCUUCCUCCUCAAGCUUCUCAAGGUUGCCAACAUACUAAACGCUUCGUCGUCGUUGAGGAUGGAAUUGCGCAGGCGAAUCGGAAGGCAGUUGGAGGAAGCAUCCGUCGACGAUCUCCUGAUUCCACCUGCGUCAACUUCGAACGACGCAUUGUACGAUGUCGACACAGUGAUGGCCGUACUGGAGGAGUUCCUGCUUCAGGGACACAGCCCACCAACCAGUCCGCCGCGAGAAAGACUUCGUUGUUGCUCCAAGUCGAGGGUGGCUAAGCUAAUCGACGGCUAUCUCCAAAAGAUUACCGAAGACAAGAAUCUACCGGUGGAGAAGUUGAUUGCCAUUGCUGAAGCUGUUCCAGAUUCCGCCAGGCCCGACCAUGAUGAUCUCUACAGAGCUGUCGACAUCUACCUCAGGGCACACCCAGAGCUCGACAAGAAUGCAAGGAAGCAGCUGUGUCGGAUCUUGGACUGCAAGAAGCUCUCCAUGGAAGCCUGUGCGCACGCGGCGCGGAACGACGUGCUGCCUCUUAGGGUGGUCGUACAGGUGCUGUUCUUCGAGCAGGCACGCGCCGCCUUGGCCGGUGGCCGGGUGAUUGAGCUGCCCGGCAACGUCAAGGCGUUGCUGUCUACAAGCCCUGCCGCUCCUCCGGAAGAUGGUUGGAGCAUCUCGAGAUUGAAAUGCCCAUCGACGAAGCUUGUGACACUUAAGAUGAGGCUCGAAGAGGAGGACGAGGACGAUGACAUGGACGAUGAUUUGGUUCCGCGCGAUGCUCUCAUGAGGAGCGCUUCUUCGAGGUUGAGAGCUCUGUGCUCUCUUCCGAGGACUCCAAAGAGGAUCAUCGGCAAACUGCUGGCCGUGAACAGAAGUGUGAGCUACAGGCAUUAAUCCAAACUUCUUGCCUUCAUCAAUUCCAUGCAGCUUCUUCACAUAUCUGGCCCAAUAAUGAUAGAGGAUUUAUAUCAAGGCAAUCUGUCCUUUGCUCCCAUGCCAAGUCAUUCUCAUUGUCAAUCCCAUUGUUCCUCAGGGGAUGAGUCAUUGGUGCCUCUCUCUCUCUCUCUUUCUCUUGGCUGUAGGACAAAAGGACAUGCAAUUUGUGUACUGGAGCAAUGUAAGUGGUUUGAAUACCCUCAA